CCUCCUCCGUCCUUAUAUUCAAACAUCCUGUCCUCCCUCUCGCUCCAUCUCUCCCUCUGUCAUCUCUCCAGUCAUGCUGUCCGUAGUGGUAGAACACAUCUUCCUCCUGGUCCUCGUCACCCUCAUCAGUGUCCUGCAGAAUGCUUUCUUUGCAACGAAGGUAGAGAGGGAGGGUAAAGAGCACCACGCCAACACUUCUGCUUUUGAGAGAGUGUCCUGCGCCAAUCGUAACUGCAUGGAUGCCUACCCUACCUUCCUGGCUGUAAUGUGGUGUGCUGGGCUGUGUCUCAACCAAGCUCCUGCUGCCUUCGCAGGGCUCGUCUACCUGGUGGCCAGACAGAAGUACUUUGUUGGGUAUAUGGGUCAGACAUCUCAGAGCACUCCAGGGUACGUGUUUGGGAAACGUGUCCUGUCCUUCCUGUUCCUGAUGUGCAUUGUGGGUAUCUUCAACCUCCUGCUGGUGCGUUACUUCGGCAACGACUUUAAAGACACCGUGGAGACCAUCACCACCGCAGCCUCCGCUCUUCUCCUCAUUCCCUGAACACGUGUGUGUGUGUGUGAGAUGUACUAUGGCAGUGACUAUAAAGUCUAUGUCCAGUUCUUAGCGCCGUGCAUCAUGGGUAGUCAGUAUGCGAGAUGGUUGAUUCAAUGUGGUGAAAAUGACCUCUUCUGUGCUCAAUAAUUUCAGGUUUUAUUUUUUCGAAAAAAGAUUUAAAAAACGUUUAUAUGAGUCUGGAAAUAAAAAAAAUCAACAAUACAAAUAACA